AUGGGAAAGAAUGAAGCAGGAGUAAAGAUUCCAGUUCUUGACAAAGACAACUACUUUCACUGGAAAGUGAUAAUGCACCUGGAUCUACUCUCUAUUGAUAAGAGUUAUGUCAACUGUAUUGAAAGAGGUCCUCAUGUUCCAAUGAAGGUAUGUACUGGAAUUGGAGCAGAUGGUGAAGCCACUGUAGGAAAGAUGAUUCCCAAGCCUGUGAAUGAAUAUUCACAAGAAGACACAGAGGAGGUCCACAAAGAUAAAAAGACCAUGAACAUCCUGUUUAAUGGUCUUGAUCAAGAUAUGUUUGAUAGUGUCAUAUGUUGUUCUACUUCAAAAGAGGCAUGGGACACUAUCAGAACCAUCUGUGAAGAAAAUGAGGAAGUUAGAGAAAACAAAAUGCAGUUGUUAAUUCAACAAUAUGAAUCCUUCCAUUUCAAGGCUGGUGAAUCUCUAAGUGAAACUUUUAACAGGUUUCAAAAGCUGCUAAAUGGUUUGAAGAUCUAUGGGAGAGUCUAUCAAGUUAAAGACUCAAAUUUAAAGUUUUUAAGAGCUCUUCCCAAGGAAUGGAAGCCCAUGACAGUCUCUCUAAGAAACACUCAAGAAUUCAAAGACUAUACUCUUGAGAGACUGUAUGGAACUCUGAAAACCUAUGAGCUUGAGAUGCAACAAGAUGAGGAGAUUGAAAAGACAUAA